AUGCAGGUCAAUAAUUCCUCGUCAUGUGGAAGCUCCACGGUCGUCCUGGAGAUGCCCUUGAGAUCUCACCAGCCUGAGGAGCCAGGAAAGAGCCCGCCUGUCUACGAGGACAUAUCAGCCGGAGCCUUGCCCGCUCCCUCCACUGCUACGCCUCAAUUACAGAAAUGGAACUCUCCCAGAAUCAACAUGUGGCGCUGUCUCGGGACCUUCUAUUCCUUUAUCAUAUUAGGUGCCAAUGAUGGUGCAUACGGAGCUUUGAUACCCUACCUCGAAACAUUCUACGGCGUCAAUUACACAGUUAUCAGUCUCAUCUUUCUGUCGCCAAUAGUGGGUUAUACGAUGUCUGCACUUUUGAACAACUACAUUCAUACAAUAUAUGGACAAAGAGGUGUUGCGUGGAUCAUGAGCACCUCCCAUUUGUGCGCUUAUACUAUCAUAUGUGUUCAUCCGCCUUAUCCUGUUUUGGUAAUAGUGUUUAUUCUUGCCGGGUUUGGCAACGGCUUGGGCGACAGCGGAUGGAAUGCCUGGAUUGGUGACAUGGCCAAUCCAAACGAAGUGCUUGGCUUCUUACAUGGCUUUUACGGUCUUGGUGCAGCCCUCGCUCCUCUAAUUGCGACAACACUAGUUACGCAGGCGGGCUGGCGGUGGUACGAAUUUUACUAUCUUAUGGUGGGUGCAGCAUUUAUUGAGGUCAUAGUUCUCGUGGGAACUUUCUGGAAAGCAGAUGGUCGGGCCUAUAACGCCGAGCACCCUCAAACUGCCGACCUCGAUACCUCAGAAUCAAGCACUCCGACCACCUCGGAUAAUGCGGUCGCCGCUAGGCAAGUCGACAAGAAACAAAGCAUUUUUUCAAGGCUCAAUCCACGUGGCAAAAGAGCAAAGGGCAAGAGCAAGACUCUAGAGGCGGUCAAGCAGAGAGUAACCUUGAUUGCCUCAGUGUUCCUGCUUAUAUAUGUGGGUGUCGAAGUCAGUGUUGGCGGUUGGAUCGUGACCUUUAUGUGGCGUGUCAGGAAGGGCUCGCCGUUUGCCUCUGGGCUCACAUCGAUGGGCUUCUGGCUCGGGAUCACCGUCGGUCGAUUGGUCCUCGGUUUCGUUACCGCUCGGUUAUUCAAAUCGGAGAAGCACGCGAUCGCCGUGUACUUGUUGUGCAGCGUGGCCCUCCAGUUGAUGUUCUGGCUCAUUCCGAACUUCGUCGUCAGUGCGGUCAUGGUUGGCUUGCUGGGCUUUUUCCUAGGACCUCUCUUCCCCGCAGCCAUUGUGGCGCUUACCAAAUUGCUCCCGAAGAAGCUGCACGUACCCGCUGUGGGGUUUGCCGCUGCUUUCGGAGCGAGUGGUGCAUGUGUGUUGCCGUUCGCUGUUGGAGCGAUUGCGAAUGCCAAAGGAGUCAAGGUGCUACAGCCCAUCAUUCUGGCUGCCUUGGAACUAUCAUCAGAUCAUGACCCCAUAUUCCGAGCAUCUCCAAACGAGGCCUCCAAUCAAGGGCAGUCAUCAGGCAAUGUGAUUGUGCACGACCCCACGGAUCCAAAAUCAAAUCCUGAGAUGAGGUUUGAGGCUCCUCCGGUUGAGCCCCCAGUGCAAAACCCGAAGACCCGACUGCAGCCAGAAUCGGCGGAUGAAGGGCCUGUUCUCUCGAAACAGGAUGAUGUGGCUGCACAACCAAAGUCAUAUUCUCCCAAAGGAUCCGGCCAUUCAGGUUCAACCAACCCAUCCACUCACUGGAGCACAUUCUCAGAACGCCCGAAAUUCGAGAAGGCUCUUGCACGAGUCAUCAGUCUUCUUCCGGGUGAGAUGGAGGGCAGAGACUUGCUACGAGCUGUUGAAGGUACUGGGAAGGAGAAACUACGAGAAAUGGGUCUGCGGGUUCGCGAAUAUAAAAAGUUCUUUGAGGCUUGGGAAGAACUUCAUCUCACGUUCGACGAGGAAGGUGGCAGCUAUGUGCGGGACGACGUUAUCCAGUAUCUGCGACACCAUCAGCACCAGCCCUCGGCCGACGACAUUGGCGAGUCCUCUCUGGCUCAGACCAUCCACUCCUACGAGGCGUACCGAUACUUUUUGGUCAAGUUCGGGCAACUCCUCUUCCCGUGGACAGCGCCUUACUUCCCUGAUCAUAUGACUCUCCACUCCCACUUUAAAAAGGGGGGUAGGGGUAUCGUCCUGACAGCAGGCGAUGAUCAGGCUCCUUUCCUGCUCACCAUCAUCCCCACCUUUCGAAAGCUGGGGUGCACACUACCGAUCGAGAUUAUGUACUUGGGUGACUCAGACCUCUCUGAGGAUUACCGUUCUGACCUGGAAAGCCUGGAUGGCGUUCUUACUCGGGACAUUGCCCAGAUGGUCAACGACGAAGGCUGGAAAUUGGCCGGCUGGGCCGCAAAGCCAUUUGCAAUCCUAUAUUCCAGUUUCCGCGAAGUCAUCUUUAUUGAUGCCGACAGUCUGUUUUUCGUCAACCCGGAAACCUUGUUCGAGGAUCCUGCAUACCAAAAAGCUGGUGCUCUUUUCUUCAGGGAUCGUCUGAUUAUGCCUGAAUCGAAGAAGCGGUGGCUACAGCAGAUUCUGCCGAAGCCAAUUUCGAGACAAGUGAAGCAGAGCCGGUUUUGGACGGGCGAUAGCGGUCACAUGCAGGAAUCGGGUGUGAUUGUGGUAGACAAAUGGCGCCACUUUAUUGCUCUUCUCCUGGUUACGAGAAUGAAUGGGCCUGAUCGAGAUGGCAAUAAAGACGAAGGCAGAGUCGGUAUUUACGACAUGGUCUACGGUGACAAAGAGACCUUCUGGCUUGGUUGGGAGCUUGUGGGAGAUCAAGACUAUGCCUUCCAUCAAGGUGACGCUGGCACAAUGGGUGUCGUCCAAGACCACAAAGACGAAGAAAGGAAACCUAGAAUGGUGAAAAAGAAGAGGCCGGUCAUGGACGAAAAUGGUCAGCCCAAAUUGGACGAGAAUGGUCAAGAGAUUACGGAAGAAUACGAGGUCGCUGAAGAGCCCGAAGAACACGAACCCGAGGAGCGACCGGAGCCGUCGAAUUAUACCAUCUGCUCUCCGCAGCUUCUUCAUUUGGACUUGAAUGGCAAACCACUUUGGUUCAACGGCUGGCUUCUGGACAACAAGUUCGCUGACAAGAAACAGAAGAAGUUUGGCAAAUUCGAACACUACCUGAUUGAACCCAGGGAUAUCAGAGAGCCGGGCGCUUGGCAACUCGAGGAAAGCAAUAUGUGCUGUCUGACCACGGACGCAGAUCUAAAACGAGAUUUUUCACCAGAAGAGAAGGAUAUAUUGAACAUGAUGAUCAAUCAAGCCAAGGAGGUCGGUGUCACGGCAGGAUGA